AUGGCCGGCCCCAACAACGGCUCCGGUGCCGUGGACUUGCCAAGCAACAGCUCCUGCCCCAUCGACUUCGAGGCUUUCAAGUCCUUCCAGGUGAUCUUUCUGUCUCUGGUGCUGGCUCUCGGCUUGCCGCUCAACUCCCUGGCCCUGCGGGCGCUGCUGUCCUCCCGCAGGCAGAGCCAGAGGGCGUGGGGGCAGACCGCGCUGACCGUCUACUUGACCAACAUGGCCGUAGCCAACCUGCUGCAACUGCUCACCCUCCCCUUCUGGAUUCACUACAUCUUCGCCAGCCACCAGUGGAAGUUCGGGUUCUCUUCCUGCCUGCUGUUGGCCGUCUUCUUCGUGACCAACUUCUACGCCAAGAUCGGCUUCCUGUGCCUGGUGGGCCUGGAGCGUUGCGUCGGCGUCCGGUGGCCGCUGCUCUGGAGAACUUGGCAUUCCCCGCGGCUGGCCGCCCGGGUCAGCCUGGCCUGGUGGGUGUUCGUGGCCACUCUGAGCACCGUGGGCCGCUACCUCCUACUCUUUGACCCGGCCUACAACGAUUCGUUCUGUUCCGAAGCGUUCCCGCCGGGGCGGAGGUACGUCCUGUUCAAAAUAAGCACCGUCCCCUUGACGUUCUUCGGGCCCCUCCUCUUCGUGAGCGUCAGCUACGGAAUCAUCCUGACGGAGCUGCGGAAAGUGUCGUUCCUGGCGACCAGGAGGCAAAUCUUCGCCUGCAUCUUCCUCACCGUCAUAACCUUCUUCCUGGUGCUGGGGCCGAACCAGGGCGUUUCCAUCUACAGGUUCUUAUGGCUCCAGUCCAUGAAUAACACGUGCGGGAAAAAGUGUUUCUGUUAUAUAGAGGAAAAACUGGCCGUCCCUCAGAACGUGACGUGGUGUUUCACGGUCCUCGGGAACAUCCUGGAUCCCUUGGUGUACAUCCUGCCCACGUACUUCCAGCAGGGAGAGGAAGACGGUUCCAGCCAUCUGACCCAGGGGACCGUCCUCCCUGCUUCCUUGGUCCCUAGGCUUCUGCAAGCCCGGAUGGGGCGAGCGCGGAGGGCCACGGGGGGAUUGGAAAACCAGGCCUCAAACCCGGGGACUGAGGAGGAUGAAGCUCUUCCCCUAAGAGCGUUUCCGGGCUCGGAGGAGGAGUGGCAGUCGGGGCAGCCGAGGGACUUCCCGUCUCUGUCAAAAGUUCUGUGA